AUGCGUUUAAAUCAAGACAAGCACUGCACCAAGCUCGACUUUGAGCCUUACAAAGAAAUUCAAAAAAUUAUGGUCCCCUCACAGCAACCGGUCAUAAGAGAAUGGCAAUAUCAGCCUGAAGGGAUGACCGCAUUCGAAAUUCCCACCCCAGAAAAGCAAAUUCCCUCUGAUAUUAAAGGUAAUUCCAAGAAAAAGAUUAGCGGAGCUCCAAAGGAGCUAGCAUUGGUACAAUUAAGUGGCCAAAAGAAGACCUCUCGCGAGCUGGUCGUAAGAAAGGAGUCUCCUUGGUAUACCUAUCGUCGCACAAUGCGAUGUAAACUAGCAGGUGAUGUUUCCAUAGCUUCUCGUCGCAAUGGUCCAUCCCAGGUGAUAGCUAUCCGGGAAUACACUAAAAAAAACAGCGCAAGGAUGCUUGAAUAUUAUACUAAAUUUGACCAUACCAACAUUCUAUCAGCGCAGUCAUUUUAUGAAGAGGGUGAUUCAAUGUAUGCUCUUGUUGAUGAUCUUCCCCUCACACUGGGGCAUCUGGUUGGGUGCCGAUUUUUGUAUCCGACGGAGACUGAAUUAGCUUUAAUGAUUUGGCAGAUUUUGAAUGGGCUAUGCUACUUGAGCCAGCUUGGAUUCGAGCAUCAAUCACUAUCAUGCCAGAAUAUCCUGUGGGGUCUCGAUGGGGUCAUAAAGAUCGCUAGCUUGGAAUCUUGUGUAAAAAGCUCUUCGAGUCAGAGACAAAGCCAACACGUAAAAACGUUAGGCUCUAUCACCAUGGAGCUUAUGCAAAAAUACGUGAAAGAUGAUGGAAUCAUAGGAGUCGAUGACUUGAAACGCUGGCCAGUUGAAUCGCAUGCGUUCGGGUUCUUAUCUGCUAUUUCGGCAACAAAUUCCAUCGAAUCUCUGAAAACGGAUUCGUUUAUGAAAGUCUAUCGCCAUUCAUUGGGCGAGCUAGUUCUGCUUGCUCGGACAGUCUUAUUGUCAGCAAAAAUAUUUUAUUCCUAUGAAACAUAG